AUGGAAAUAAAAACCGACUUGACCACGAAUCAUUCUACCAGACAGACACAAAAAAUAAAGGAAGAGAACCCAGAAGAAUAUGAUAAUGUUCGCAAGAUGGUGGCAUAUGGGUCCAAGCUAGCCCACUCAAGUGUAGAGAGGGCCUGUCUGUUAGGUGCAGUGCAGUACACUUCAGUUGCUUAUGACCAUAACUACUCCAUGCGGGGCCAAGAUUUGGAGGAGGCCAUACAGAAGGACAUAGAGGAGGGACUGAUCCCAUUCUGUGUAGUGGCCACUUUGGGAACAACUUCAUGCUGCUCAUUUGAUAACCUCAAGGAAAUUGGUGAGGUGUGUCAGAAGUUCGAUCUUUGGUUACACGUGGACGCCGCCUACGCAGGUUCGGCCUUCAUCUGCGAAGAAACCAGACACCACAAGUCUGGCAUAGAACUGGCCGACUCUUUCAACUUCAACCCUCACAAAUGGUUACUGAUUCAGUUCGACUGUUCAGCUGUCUGGAUCAAAGACAAGAUCAAACUGUCUAAUGCAUUCAGAGUUGACCCGUUGUAUCUGCAACAUGAGAACCAAUCACCAAACUUUCCUCGACAAGAGAAGUUUUUAUAUUUAGGCCGAAGAUUUCGCUCUAUUAAACUCUGGUUCACUUUUCGAACAUUCGGAGUCAACGCCUUUCAGAAACACAUCCGGACUUCGAUCCAGAUGGCAGACUACUUCGCCAAUUUAGUGACCAGCAACGACAACUUUGAGCUAUUUCGACCACAGUCUAUGGGACUGGUUUGCUUCCGGGCUAAAGGGAGCAACGACCAGAACAAAGAACUGCUAGCCAGAUUGAAUGGAACUAGAGAGAUCCAUUUGACGCCAUCGGAGAUUGAUGAAACUUAUUUUCUGCGACUGGCAAUUUGUAGCACCAAGACUACGUACAAAGAUCUAGACAAGGCAUUCGAGCUCAACUUGAAGCAUUUCAAAGACUUACGAGAGACUCCUGACAAAUAA